AACCUCAUUACCUCUUCUCUUCUUUUACUCAUUUCUAGUAUUCCUUCUUUCUCUAACACACAAACACAACUAUGAACUUACUAAAGAUUUUCUUGAUUCUUGUUCUUGUAAUGGCUCUACUCCUUUCUGUUGCUGCAUUGCCACUCGAACAAGAACAAGAAGAUCUAGAACCAGAACAAGAAGAUCUCGACUAUGACUUGACCGAACAAUCAUUUGAUGAAGAAACCGAAUUCAAUUCUGAACAUGGAUUCCGUCAUUUGCUUGCUCAAAAGAAAGUGAAAAAAGCUCGUCGUGUGAGUUGUAACAAGUUUCCUAGGAUCUGCCAUGCCAAGGGAAGUCCGGGGCCUUAUUGUUGCAAGAAGAAGUGCGUAAAUGUCUUGACAGAUCGCCUUAACUGUGGAGCCUGUGGAAAGAAGUGCAAAUACAAUCAGAUUUGUUGUAAUGGCAAAUGCGUUAAUCCAUCCUUCAAUAGAAGGCACUGUGGAGGUUGCAACAAUAGGUGCAACAGUGGAGAGUUUUGUGCUUUUGGGCUUUGCAAUUAUGCAUAGGAUAUCGAACUUUGAAGAUUUUCUUGAUUGAUGAGAUCCAUAUUCUUUUUUUAUUUGAAGAAAAGAAGUAGUUUCGUUCUUCGUACUGUUAAGCCAAUUGUGAAAACAUAUAUUCUUGAUUGAGACUUUAUAGUUGAACUUCCGUAAUAAAUGAUAGUAUUCAUUUGUUUUUA